UUAAAAGAGUAAGCCAAGAUCUUUUCUUUGGUGUUUUAAAAUUUCUAAAAACGAUUGCAAAUUCAAAUUUUUUUUAAAAAUCUUAAAUAUCUCGAAAACGGCUAAACUUGGGUAUAGAGAAUGAUGAUAAAAACGGCCUUAAAAUAACUCAACUAAUCCAAAAAUGCAGCGAAAAACAUAGUUUUCCAUUUAAAAUAACAAAGUUUAUAGCGACUUCCGGUAUAACCGGAAGUGCCGCCAUCUUGAAAGUAUUUUCAUUGAGCAGAAUUCAACGGAUUAUGGCUGAAUACCAACUUUCAAACACAUAUCUUUAUUGGAACUUUCAAUAUUUCUAAUGUGGGCACCAAAAAAAUCAUUGAAAUCACAAUUACUUUUGCAUUUUAGAACACUUGUAUGUUCCUUCUGAUUUUUGUAAUUUAUGCCGACUUUGGCAUUGUGGCUUUACACCUAAAGAAAGCCUCCUCACCAUAUAUGAAGGAUAUUGAUGUGGAGCUCGAAAAAAUCCUUCGGAAAAAACACAAAGGAUGGGACGAUUUUUACGACUAUAUUCAGAAAAAAUUUAAAUGUUGCGGAUUCGACGGAUUCCAGGAUUAUCACAGGGUUUUGAACACAAGUCACCUCAAAAGUUGUUGUAAGGACAAUUCAGACUGCAAGGAACCGACGUAUAAGGAAGGUUGCACUAAACCGCUCCUGGAUUACAUUGGGGAAAAGUUUGUUUUCUCUGGAGCCAUUUCCUUCACUGUUGCCAUUUUGGGCCUAAUUGCUGGUGUAUUUACCUACAUUGUUAAACGGCUGCACCGUUCUUGCCAAUUUUCAACAAGUGGCGAACUAUAAGAUAUGUUUCUAGUUAAUGUGUAAAUAAUUUGGCCCCACAUCUAGGCCACUUAACCGCUGAAAAUAAAUUUGGUUUCUCAUAACGAUUUUCAGACAAAUUGUUUCAGCCGCCUGAAAUCUCAAAAUUAAAGCCCUCGCACAUAAUGACUGAAAACUGUGAUAGUGUUAAGAUCAGUUCGGAAAAAUCGAUCAAUUUCUCAAUCGACUCCUUAUUGUCUCCCAACAAGUCGUUAAAAAGUGAUAGUUUAGAAAAAUGCGAAGAAGUUGUGUCGACUUCCGGCGAUUUCUACCAAAGAAAUUACCAAGAGGAGUGUGGCGACAACAGAUCGGACGAUGAGAGGAAGAAGAGGCCGAGGACGGCCUUCACAGCCUCACAGAUUAAAUCUCUGGAGGCGGAAUUUGAACGGAACAAAUAUCUGUCGGUGGCGAAGAGGUGCCAACUCUCCAAGACGCUCAAAUUAACGGAGACGCAAAUCAAGAUCUGGUUCCAAAAUCGGAGAACCAAGUGGAAGAGGAAAUAUACGAACGAUGUCGAACUUCUAGCACAGCAAUAUUACACCUCGAUGGGGAUUCUCACCCCAAGGCCUAUUUUUCUGGGAGACAGAUUAUGGUUUUUCAACUAUCCUGGCCAACCCGGGCUCUCUAGUGUGCCCUCAGUGCCCAGCAUGUUACCACCGCCGCCCACCACACCCCUGGUGCCUAGACAGUGUGUUCCAAACUACGUCAGCUUUCCGGAACAUCACCAGAAUGAAAACUCACCAAUGAUGCAGCUUCAAAAUUUCGGAAGACAUUUCGAAAAUUCGUAAUUAUUUACUCAACCAAAGAUUUGUAAUAAGUCAUUUUUGUACCAAGGAAAUAAAUGUUUAAGUUAUA